AUGGAAACUACGUCAACGAAGAAAAUGUCAAGCAAAAAAAAGAAAAGAUUCGAAAAAUAUAUGCAAAAGAAAAUUAAAAAAGAAGAACGAGUUGUUCUAUUUGAAAAGCUUUCGAAAUCAUCAUUUUCAUCUGAAUUAAUGAAAUCAAGUAGAAAUUUGGGAAGAGGGAAAAACACAAUGAAAGAACGGCUUCGCAGAGCCUUUCAUGAAAGACGUCGUGGAAUGACUCAAUCUGAUCCGGAUGUUCCUUUAUUCGUGAAUAGUGAAGACAGCGUAGAUGAUGUACUAAAUAAUCACAUGAACACAGAUAUCAGUACGUCUAAUUUAUCAGUCCCUGUUAAAAGAAGCCAAGAAAUUCAGCCUGCGAGAAUAGAGUUACCGGUGUGUGAAGAAGAGCAAGCAAUAAUGGAAACAAUUAAUCAGAAUUUUGUUAAGACUUUUAAUGUUCCU